AUGGAAAUAGAAACUCACUUUGAUGGAGAAUUGGAUAGCAAAAGACCACUUGACGAUGUUUCAACACUAAUUGCAGCCUUUCAAGCAAGACCAGGUGGUACUGGACAAGGCGUCGCUAGUUCAGUGUCAGGAGCGUCAGUGGGUGUGAAUAUCAGACUGGUUUUGGGGGAACUUGAAGAAACUACAAAUCCAUCGCUUUCAAAUUAUUGCCACAUUGCCGAUUCUUUAAAAAACGACAACUGUGUCGUGCAAAUCGUAAAUACUCUCCUUUCAGUCACAGCUGGAGAACUUUCCGAGUCGAACUUCACAAACUUACCACUCACGUUUCUCAAAGGCUCGUCUGGCUCAGGAAAGAGUCAGAUGGGCUUUAAUAUCAAAGCCAAUAUCGGUAAUAAGAGGAGAGUGCACUAUUUCCUGUUUGAUCCUCCUAGCUCAACAUCACAGGAUAUUUACCGCAAUUUCCAAAACAUUUCAAAGUUGUUCAGCAAGUGUUAUGUGGCGGAUGAGCACAUGUAUAGCUCUGAAGCUUCGUCUCCAAGCUGUGGCUCGUUGUUCAAAGAAAGUCUAUAUAUUUAUGGAUUUAUUUUUAAAUUGCUAUCCGACGAAACUCAAUCAUCCACGAUCAGUAUUGAUUCAAAGACUGACAAAGAUGUUUGA